AUGAUCCAGUUGUUGUUCACGGUGGUGGGGGUGGAGGCCGGGGUGGUGGUGCUCCUCCUCAUCAAGACGCCGCUGCGGAAGCUGGUUCUGCUCAGCCUCGACCACCUGAAGCGGGGACGGGGCCCCGUCGCCGUCCGCACCGUGGCCGCCACACUCUUCGUCGUCCUCGUUUCGAGUCUCCACGGUAUAGUCAAGAUCCAGCGCCGUGCCGCGGGGGAAGAUGGCUUCGUUGGGCUCAACCCUACGGACCAGGUGCUUUGGAGCCGCCACUUGCUCGAGGCUUCCCUCAUGGGUAUGUAAUAUGUAUCUUCCGUGCCUGAUUUCCCGGAUUAUCACUUUUCCCUCUUCUGUGAUCCAGUGAUUGUACUAGAGAAUAUUGUGUUCUUAUAAUUGAGCUGAACUAUGGUGACCCCUGCAGCGUCCUAUGAUAGAUAUCUGAACGAUAUCGUGAACUGGGUAUUGAUGUCCAUCGUAGAUUUCCUAAACUCACAUCCCUCUCUCUGGCCUGAAGUCUCUGUGUGAGAGAUUUGCGAUCCUAUUUAUGAUCUCGGUGCUUUCAUCCGCCACUGAUCGCUUGUGUCCUUUCAGAUACAGGAUAUCAUAGGGUUUUUUUCCAUUUCAUGCCAAUAAGAAAUCCGUUCAAAACCAACUGUUUGAUAUAUCAAGUUGUUUGACCAUGAUUGUGGGAAAAAAACCUUAAAUUAAGGGUUAGGUUGUUGGUCAGUUUCCAUGUUGGUUAGGUUGCUGGUCAGUUUCCUAUUGUUGUCAGUGUCCACUGUCGAUUAGGUUCUUGGUCAUUUUCCUAUUGUUGGCCAGUUUCCUACUUUGGUUGAGUAUCCUAUAAUCGUGGGAUUCAACAUAGGUAGUUUUCUUUUUUUGAGGCCGAAUAAUUGUACAUAACCAACAAGUAUUCUAUGAAUCGAUAUGACAGAAAAUUUUCCUCUGUUUAUCCUUGUUUGUCUUUUUGAAUGGUCCCUGGUCAAGGUGUUUUGAUGUAAUCCAUUGUUGAAUUUGAGAAGGUUUUUAGGAGCUAUCAUCUGAUAGCUAUACGAUGGAAACUGAAUGCUAACUGAAGCUAAGGGCAGUUUAUGAUUGAUGCCGUUCUGAAUCAUUUAUCUAUUUCUGGAAUUUGAUUAUGCUAAUUUUCGUCCUGUAAAUCCUUGGUCUGUUAGGAUUUAAUAGAUAGAGGGAUAAGGGCAUACUUUCAUGAUAAAGAAAAAUUUUACAGUCAAUUUUGAUGCAUAUUUCUGAAAAUAUUUUUCAGUUAUCCUAAUUUUUUUUGUUACCUAUUUGGUUAUAGGAUGUUUUUUCUCAAGGCCAUAUGUUUUCCUGAGAACCUACAAGUUUUUUCUAGUUUCACUUUAGAUAUGAAAUAGUCUCUCUGACUUAUAAGGAAUUUUAAGGCAAUAAUAAGUAUCUGUUAUAUGUUUAAUCAUUAUAACUGUAGUGUGUACUUUACAAUUUUUCCCCAAAGUAUAAGAUUUCUAAGUUCACUACGGUUUUGAACUUUACCAGAAAACAGAGUGGAUAAUCUUUCAGCCGUAGUUUCCAUGGCUUGUACUGAGCUUGCAUAGCGUCUUGCAUGCAUCUUAAGAUUAUCCAAUAAUAUGUAGUCUGUAGUAACUUCGAUCAUUAUAGUUAUAGUACGUAUUCACAUCUUGGAUAAUAUCUUGGAUGCAUCUUAGGAUAAAAUUUUAUUAAAGCUGACCUCGACCUGUAUUCAUCAGUUGAAUUGGCACCUGUUCUUAACCUUCUACUCAAUUGAGAUCAUAUUGUCAUGCCUCGAUUUGGCCACUUAGAAAGUUGACAGUGGAUGAGACUAUAUUUGUGAUUCGCAUCAUUGAGCAGGAAUUUUCAGUUUCCUUCAGCUUCAGGUAGAAUACAUUUGAGUGAUUUCUGUCUUUCGAAAUUUCUAGUUAACAUCACUGUUAGUCAGUGUGUGGCUUUCAUCACUUUCUCUCGUACCAUUGCAUUUAGUUUUCUUAUUGAUUUGCUCCCUGUGAGUAUUUUGUCGUUUAUUUCUUAAUCUAGUACUAAAUGAUGUCCAAAUGUGAGCAAGAUUGUCCAUCUAACUCAUAACUGAGCUUUAGGAAAUUUCAUCUGCUUCCUUUUUCGAAGUGUCUGUUCAGGUGCAAUAUUUAUUUGGUGAACAUGAUUUAUCUUUUAGAUCAUAUUUUUAUCAACCGCACCAAACCUGAUAUGAUUAUAAAUUUGGACGUUAUUCCUCCUAUUCACUUAUCACAGUCAGUCAACAUUAAAGUUGCUCGAAUAGUAUUUUCUGUUUUCAUCAAUUUUUUGUACCUUACAGAAUUGAUUUUAGUGCAUUUCAACAGGAUACUGAUAUCAAUCUUCUCUGAGCAUCUUGAGGCUUUGAUAGACUCUACCUUCUAUUGCCACUUAUUUAUUAUGUUUUAAUGCUCUCUGAUAGUUUAGUUGUUCAUUUUUAUUACAAUAGCUCAUGCUUCUAUUUUAUGGGUAACAAUAGCUGUGCUAGUGUAGUUUUGUUUAGGAAUUUACAUAUGACAACUAUGCUGUGUUCAGGAAUUUUCUCUACAUUUUGCCCAAAUAUUUGUAAUUUCAUACGCAUUACAUUCUUAUCAAUAACUCCCUUUCAAUUGGCUAAGGUACUCGAAAUCUCUUUCUCUGUGAAAGUCUCGUUGUGAACUCAAUAUGAUUUCCAUUUUUCUUUAUUUUUCGAUUCAGAUCACACUUCAUAUAUGUUAUAUUGAUCGUUGAAACUUUAGUCUUUAUGAUACUUUUUCACAGUUCUAACUUAUUUUCUAACUCAUCCCAAGUCCUGCCCACCUUCUGCAUACUGUCUAUAAAAAUAACCUCCUCUAAGGCUGGCAGAGUAUAGUAAUCCAUAUUAGGUACAUGGAUGCACAUCAGAAACCAUCCCUUGAUGUAAACAACUGGUAUUAAGGAAAUUAUGUACACUAUUUUUCAUCAUUAUUUGUCCAUGAUAUCUAUCAGAUCUCAAGAAAGCAAUUUUUUUUUUUCUAGAGGCGAAAUGAGAUUUACUUUUAAGGUGGUGUUUUGUACUCUUUUCAUGAAGUGACGUUGACUUUGUAAUCACAUCCGAUUUUUGCCAUAGUGAAGUAGUGUCAUGCAGUGUUGGCAAGAUGUUCUUGUGCUACAGAUAUGAAAAAAAAAAAUGAGGAUUGCAAGGAAUAUCCGAAUUACUCCAUUUUUUAUUUUAAGGAAUUACCUGAUUUAGUCCAAGCCGAAAACAUAGGAUUUUUCCCUUUUGGAGUGGACCAGGAGGGGUGGUGCCCACGGAGAUUUUGAUUGGGUAUGGUUGGUGAGAUAAGAAGCCUUAGGAAGGACGGGAAAAAUGCUCGAGAGGGUUUGGGGGGUAGUUUUAAGGGAGAGAGAAUAAGCUUGUGCAAAGAAUGUUUAUAAGAUUUAGGUUGGAGAUGCUGAUAUUUGGCAGGUGCUCCUGACACUCGAUGGAAGUUUCUUGUUAGGACCCACCCAGUGCUUAGUCAUAUGACUACGCAUAAAGAUAUGAAAUAUGUUAUAUUGUACAAUCAUACUUAUCGUCUCUCUGGGUUGUGUAUUUAACUGUAAUUGCUUAUUUUAUUUAUGUCCAAUAAGCUAUUGUGAUUUGAUAGAGAGGUCUGAACCUCUCUAUUGAAGAUGUUAUUUGGGUAAAUUUCCCAGAAAACUAUUUUCAUUUUCCAGAAAAUUGGAAAAUUUCUUGCUCUGUUUGGGACCUCCAUGUCUUCACUUGAUGAUGGUCUUAGACGUAUGGUAGUGAGUUAAUUAACUUCUAUGGUUGCAUGUCGUGUCUACUUGGGUAAUGGUGUUAGGAUACAGUCACAGAAUCACUCAGUUCAAUGAAAUAGGGCCUUCUUUGCUGAAGUCAACAGAGAACCUUGAGGACAGGAUAGAGAGUUUUGAUAUAACUCAUUGUCGAACUCCAUUUUAUUCCUCUGUCAUGGAUACAGGAACAAGUGUAGCACAUUAUCCCAAAAAAAUAUUUAAUCAUCAUCCCUGCUCAUUGCUGUUUGUUUGAGAGACUUGCACUUCAAAGGAAUAAACUUGCAUAUGCUGUUUGAAAGUUUAAAUUAAUCUGAUCUACUAACGAGUACACUUUUCUUCACGUUGAGCGGUUUUUUGUUUCAAAUAUUGUUUUUUGCUAGAAUGAGGCAUCAGAUGCUCUAUUUGUCCAAAAACCAUCGUUCUCGUGAUGCCAGCCAUGAUUGAGUGACAACAGAUCUACGAAUUAUUAAAGUGGUCAAACUUUAGGUUUCUACUGUACAUCUAAUUAGCUUUUAUCUUUCCGUUUCUUCUUUGGAGGGUUUUGGCAUCGUAUUUAUUCCAUUGAUGUGACUCCUCCUCUGUGCAGGAUAUUCUCUAUUUCUUGCUCUGAUUAUUGAUCGAAUGCACCACUAUAUUAGAGAGCUUCGUGUUCUACGAAAGAGCGUGGAAGCUGUAACAAAACAGAGUAGAAUGGCGGAGGAGGGAAAGAACGGAGCUGUGGACCAGCUCAAGGCACGUGAACAGGAAAUCACUCAAUUGAAGGCGACGAUUUCGAGUCUGCGAUCAGAGUCCGAAUCCACAAUGAAGGAGGUGAAGGCUGCAGAAGCUAACGCUCUAGCUCUGAGGAAGCAGUCAGAAGGUUUCCUUCUUGAGUAUGACCGCUUAUUGGAGGAGAACCAGAACCUACGAAACCAGCUGCAGUCGAUCGAUCAGCGGUUAUCACGCUCUGACAGCAAGAAAAACUCAUAA